CAGCCCCGCCCCCCUCCUUUGAUCCACUGUUUACCAGAAGCUGUGUAAAGCUAGCUAGCUAGCCUAUUCUGCCAGUGAAAGCAACGAUAGAGACAUCCCUAGAAGGAGCUACAGGUGAACAGUUGUACCCUGGGACUAGUUUGAAGGUAUCAAGAAUGUCCCAGCCUGCCUACAGUGACCUCAGUGCUGCCAGUGACUCUGAUCAAGAUGGUGUCGGCCUUGUACUCACUGACAGUGACUCCUCUAAAGGCAGGUCAAGAAAGUACGUCGUAACAUCGUCUAGACGACCGAAACCUCGACUGCGUAUGCCAACGAUAUUCCAAUCGCUCUCUAGAAACGAGAUAAUUUGCAUUAUUGUUGGGAUGGUAGCGUUUGUGACUAUUGUUGCCCUCUUCAUUGUGGUGGGUGUGGUAGCUAGUUCUCAGUCAUCGGCAGGAGCGGCCAACUCCACUCAAGCCCCUCCCAUUGCCACGCCCACUACACAGCCGCCCACGGACACCACUACUGUCCUGCCCAUUACACAGCCGCCCACGGACACCACUACAGCCCCACCUAUUACACAGCCGCCCACAGAUAUCACUACAGCCCCGCCCAUCUCCACAGCACCCCCUCCCAAACUAUGGGAUAACGUUCGUCUCCCAGCAACCAUACGGCCGGACCUAUACAGGAUCAGCCUGACGGUGGACCUGGACUCAUUUGCCGUCUCAGGAACAGUGGAUAUAACAUGUCAAGUACUAGAGGCUACCUCAUACAUUCUACUACAUGCUAGGGAGAUGGAGAUUAACAAUGACGAAAGCAAUGUGCAAUACUCAAACACUAUGGUUGAUUUCGAAGGAACUUUUCAAAGCAACGAUUUCUACGUUUUGUCCCUGUCUCAAGAGAUAGGUCCUGGAGAGGUCGUAGUUCAUCUGUCGUUUGAUUAUAACCUAAGUGAGGUUUUAUCUGGGUUCUAUCGAAGCUCUUACACAGACAGCACUGGGCAGCAGCGCUACCUGGCAACCACUCAAUUCGAGUCUACUGAUGCUCGAAAAGCCUUCCCUUGUUUUGAUGAACCUUCCCUCAAGGCAAACUUUGUGAUAUCUAUAACCCAUCUCUCUGAGUAUCAUGCUGUCAGUAAUAUGCCUGCUCUUAGUCGUGUUGAUGCUACUACUGGGGACUCCAUGGUUACUACUCACUUUCAAAGCUCUGUCAAGAUGAGCACUUACCUGGUGGCUUUUAUUGUGUCCGAUUUCGAGUGUAUGGGUGUUAACAUUACAGAGAACAGGAGUCAACCACUACGGAUUCGUGUUUGCUCUAAUCCACUAAUAGUAGACAAGACAGAGUAUGCACUGAGAGUGGCCAUGGACGUUAUACAGUUCUAUGAGAGGCGGUUUAACAUCUCCUAUCCCCUACCCAAACAAGAUCUGUUUGCCAUCCCUGACUUUGCGGCAGGGGCGAUGGAGAACUGGGGACUCAUAACGUACAGGGAGACGGCUGUACUGUAUGAUGCGACCUCUGACCCUGCCACCAGCAAACGCAGAGUGGCUACAGUCAUAGCUCACGAGCUAGCUCACCAGUGGUUUGGCAACCUAGUGACGAUGGCGUGGUGGGACGGUCUCUGGCUCAACGAAGGAUUUGCCACCUUCAUGGAGUACCUGGGGACUGACAAUGCAGAGCCAUCUUGGAACAUGCUCGACCUGUUCUUCGUGGAGGACCUAUCCAGUGCUCUCAUGCUGGACUCUUUGAAUGAGUCUCAUCCCAUCAUCCAGCCAGUCAACAAUCCUGACGAGAUUGGAUCACUCUUUGACACCAUCUCCUACGCCAAGGGUGCGAGUGUAAUUCGCAUGAUACAACACUAUCUCACAGAGGAGAGGUUUUGGGCCGGCAUCACCCACUAUCUAACCACCCACCAAUACGGGAAUGCUGAGACCUCUCAACUCUGGGACGCACUCCAACUGCAGGGUACUCCUGGAGCAGUGAGUGUUGGUACCAUCAUGGACACGUGGACUCUUCAGACUGGCUACCCAGUGUUCACUGUUGACCAGACCAACACUCGCCUCACACAAUCACGCUUCCUGGCAGUCUCUCCUCAAGACAACUCUCAGAGCAAUGCUGUGUGGAUUACACCGUUCAGUUACAUCACAGAGACCAACCCCACUCCCACCAUCAUGCUUGUCACUGAGGAGAGCACCUCGUACACAUGGCCUGUGGGGAAUGGCUGGAUCAAGGCCAACGUUGGUCAGUAUGGUGUGUACAGGGUCAACUAUGAGCUCUCCAACUGGCAGCUACUAACACAGUACCUGGUGACCAACCCUAACUCUCCACUAAUACCCCCUGUGGACAGAGCUGGCCUACUGGACGAUGCAUUCGCUCUCUCUAGUGCUGGUCAGCUGGGCAGUGAGGUGGCCCUGGGUCUGUCCCACUAUCUAGCCGGGGAGAGGGAGUACAUUCCCUGGACCACUGCUCUCACUUGGUUCACUAUACUGGGCAGGAGGCUCAGUCUCACACCUCUCUAUGGGCAGUACGCGAACUUUGUGCGCUCACUGCUUGAUCCAGUGGUCGGUACGUUCUCCUUCAAUGGCACCAACCUGUCACAUCUGCAAAUCUAUCUGCGGGCAGAAGUGUUUCAAGCAUCCUGGAGCUAUGGCAACAAGGACAUAGAAAAUCAAGCCAGCGCUCUGUUUCAACUCUGGAAGACCCAAAACACAACUAUUGAGCCUGACCUCAAGUCGCUGGUGUACCGUACCGGGGUGGCCAGUGGAAGUGUGAGUGAUUGGGACUAUCUCUGGGGGAGGUACAACUCUGAGAGUGACCCCUACGACAAGAGACUCAUGCUCAGAGCUCUAGCAUUCUCAACAGAGCCAUGGGUACUGAACAGGUUCCUCAGCUACACACUUGAUCGUAUUCGCUCUCAAGACCAGCUGUCUGUUAUAGUGUACGUCUCAUGGAACAUUCACGGGCGAUCUCUGGCCUGGAACUUUUUCAGGAACAACUGGGAGUACCUCGUUACUAACUUUGGGAGGGAUGGUUACUUUGGAAGGUUGAUCCGUUACAUUACGCAGAGCUUCAGCACUGAGUUUGAGCUGCAAGAGGUGAUAGACUUCUUUAGUGAUCACGCUGACGCUAGCUCUGCUACACGAUCUAUUAAACAAGCUAUUGAGACGAUCCGAGGGAACAUUGACUGGAUCAACAAUAACGAGAACACUCUAGCAAACAUUCUCUCAGGCAACUAGUGUCUUAGUGUCUCACUUUUAUAUUAAUUUGUGCUUGUGCUUGUGUUUGUAUUGUCCAUGUACCCUUCCUUGCUUCAACACUGCUAUGCAGAUUCUUACUAUGGUUCUAUGAA